UAGCUUAUUUUCCUUUAUUUCUUUAAUUGAUAUACAGUUCUCGGGUAAUUUCCUCGGCUAUACUGUUAAUUACUCAUCUCGUGCUGUUACCUGUUAAGUACACCGCCCACUUGGAUUGGAUGACCGACGUGUACUACAGCCCCAGCAUGUGUGAGCCACAGCACGUGUGUACCAUCACCAUGUUUUCGGAAAAAAGUUGUUUGAAAUCACCAUCAUUAACCCCUUGAGACGAUAGCUCACGUGUCCAGCGCCUUCACAUGUUUACUGGGCGUUUCAAGCUCUAUCUGCCUGAAUGAAGGAAGGAAAUGAAAUUGAUGAUUACAGGUGAUUACAAGAUGAUUACAGUCAAACAAGUACAGUUGCUUUGUGAAACUUGCAUGGCAGUGAAAUCUCAGAUGUGUCACUCUUGUUUCAGAAUCCCAGAUAUGGAUAAUCAGUUGACUUGCCAGCUGAAUUCUGAACCUCAUUCAAAUCUCAACUUGUACCUAAUCACUUAGAGCAAGUACAGAAGAAGCUGGUCAUGUUGAAGAUAUUCCAUCAACAUCACCGUUCCUGCCAACCAGCCCAGCUUUGUCACAAAUUCGCCAUAACUAUCAGAUCUCCCGUUGAAGGGUCUCUGAGGACUCUACGUAACAUAGAAGAGACGACAACAAGUACUGCAUCAGAUAAAGUGGACUUAUUCCCAGUAACCAAUGAGACACCUGCUAAAACGAUUGUGAUUGAAGGAAACUCCGGGUAGCACAUCACUAUCACCAUCAAAAUCCAUAUUCCAAAUGCGAUUUGAAAGUGACAAUGGCUCUAAUUCCUCUGUUGUGGUCGAGUCUUCAUAUUCAUUCUCGUCGGAGCCCAAUCGGAGUUUAGUCAACUCCACCCAAAAGCCUACCGCUUCAAUCGUCCAGCAGAACUCUCUGAAGAAGAGGCCGUUGAGGGGGAUUGCAGCAUUCGUAGUAGAAAUCAAAUGCAACGCCCGCGAAGUCCCUGGUCCCCGCCUAAAGCUCAGUAGCAAUUGCUGCCGCUCAGCCACGGAAGUGAGGAAGAUUAGGCCUCGAAAGGCCUUAACUCCAUGGUUGGUCUCCGUCAUUUAUUCCGUUUUCACAAGAUCUAGGAACAUGUCGUCAUUUCUUGAUCAGACUCACAGAGCCACCGCUUGGUUGAGUUCGAGUUUCAAACGCAAGCCAGUACCUCGAACCAAUCAUUCUUUAGAUGAAACAACUGAAAAUCCGGAGACUGACUUAACUGCUGAAAUUCCCAACUCGAAAAUAGGCCGUCCUUGAGUUUCACACAAUCCAUCGCCACAGUAAACCGUCCCUCACACUGGUACCGAAUGUGAUGAACUGUUUAAGUUUAAGUACACACAGACACAGACUUGUUUUGUAGGUCAUGUUUUGAUUUUAAAUAGAAAAAAAUCACAAACAGAACGCAGGUAGCUGACAACAGGCUGACAAUUUCCGUUCCGUCCAGUCGUCCGUGAAUGCUAAGGGCUAUCACUAGGUGGCUAAAAUUAAGCCCACUAGACGGCGCGGGUGUCUUCGUAGAGAGUAGAGACGACCGCCAUUUCUUUUCGAGACACUCAGACGAGACGAGUCGAUUUUUGUUUGUCGUUUAGCUUUAGCAGUAGCUUUUGAUCAGCGUUACGUCGUAGUUGUUGUUACUUGCUCUCUCGAGAAAAGUUUAUUGUCCUGAGAAAGAAAUGGCCCAAAUCCUUUCAUUGUGAAUUUUUGGCGUCUUGUAGUUAAAAUGGAGACCCAAGAAAUUGCUAACUCUGCCCCUUCAACUGAGACGGAACUGAUGCCGGCCAUUUCAUCAGCCUUGGCGUCGUAUUCUUGCCAAACGGAGGGCGUAGUUAAUGAAAUCGAUUUCAAAUGGACGAUUGAACGAUGGACGUUUGAACGAUGGUCGUUUUUAAGUAAAUUUGGAAUAUGGGACCCAUUGACAUCGACCGAGUUUUCGGAUCACAAAUUUAAGCUGGAAAUCGUGAAGCAUGGCAAACAUUUAAUGAUACAUCUUAUUCAUUCGAAUUUGAGUUGUCCGAUCGAAGUUGAGUUCGCCGUUUGCAACGAAAAAUGCGAUAGAAUUUUCAAAGUAAACGAGGCGGUUAUCAUUUCCCCAAAUAGAAAAAAUACAAGGAUGGUUUGCAUGAAAAAACAAACCUUGCUGGCGGAAUUUCUGACCGGGAAAACGACCAUUCACUGCAAAAUCAAAAGUUCGACUAGAAAGCAACCAACGGGCAAGGCUAUUACAGCACUGGAGAGAGAUCUUCACAAGACACCAACCAGAGACAACGAUCAAGAUCUUAUUCUUCGUCAGCUCGAAGAAUCUUUUGAAAAAAUGCUGUUUAGUGAUGUCACCUUUAACGUCCGUGGCCGCAAAUUGGCAGCCCACAAGAACAUUUUGGCCAUGAGGAGUCCGGUGUUUGCCGCCAUGUUUCAGCACCCAACGAAAGAGAUGCUGUCCGGAAAUGUGGAAGUGGAGGACGUCGAUCCCGAUGUCUUUCAAGAAGUUCUUCGCUACUUGUACACAGGCCUGACACGGUCGGCAGCCAUGGACGUAAUGGCACCGGCACUAUUGGCUGCUGCCGACAAAUAUUUGCUGGACCACUUGAAAACUCGAUGUGAAACUCACCUGAUUCACCAAAUGUCCUCGAAGAACUGUCUGGAUUUGUUGGCUCUCACAAUCACCCACCAUCCAGCGGAGUAUUUGAAGAAAUAUGCCAUCGAGUAUUUUCGCCGUUAUCCGGGUGAGGUCAUUGGAACGGACAACUGGAAAAAGAUGAAGGAAGAAAAUCCGGCGUUGUUGUGCGACUUGCAUCAAAUGGUUUUCACAGCGCCGACUGUCUAGAAGUCCUGUGUCCGUCGAUGUCAUUUUUUCUACUACUGUUAUCAACACGGAAUCAUUCUGCUGGAGAAAUUCAGCCUUUUAAGGCUAUUUUCAGUUUACUUUCUUUCCAAAAUUAAAAAACGCAAAUUUCGUUGCAUCGUUUGCUUUGCAUAUGGACCCAAGUUCUUUUUUCUUUAAUACAGAUCCUUUCAUAGUA